UCCAGUAAAAAGAGAGUUGUUCCCAUCGCCUGAGGACGAAAUGGACGAAGAGCAAAGGAAAGCAGAGGAGAAGAGGAGGCAACUGGAAGAGGAAACCUUAAAUAUAGGUACCUCUAAUAACAUUGAAGAGUUGGUUAAACCAAAGGACGUUGCUGACAGGAAAAGAAAUCUUGUGUUCGACGAGGAGAGAUUUGAGGACACAUUCCUUAAAUGUCUAAUAUGUCGUGAGAACUUUGAUGACACCGAGAAAGCUCCUAAAAUGCUGCCUUGCCACCACACAUUCUGCCUUGACUGUUUGCGACAGAUGUUCCGAGUAGAAGGAGAAUUUCGUCAAAAUUUAUCAUCCGCGUUUCGUGCCAUGCCCAUGGCGGUAAAAAUUUGCUGUCCGUCAUGUCGAGAAGCACUGAUUUUGUCAGAUGCGGAGAUUGUCCGCUUGCCAAACGACCACACUGUCCUUGAGCUACUGUCCUUUGUCAGGUCCACAGGGAAAAAGGAUGUACAGUACUGCACAAAACACAAAAUGCAGCCACUGAACUUUUUUUGUGAGCCAUGCAUUUUACCAGUGUGCUGUGACUGUACAGUCAUUGAUCACAAGGAGAAAAAUGGCCACCGAGUGAUGAAUGUUGAGGAGGCUUUAGACAAGUACACUCCAGUUAUAGACGAGACUCUGGCAGAUCUGCAGAGUGCCGAGCAAACUUUGUUGGAUAAACGACAGUCGCUGGAGAAAUCGGCCGACAACAUUGAACAAAUACAGCGCGAAUUAGCUGUUCAGAUUCGUCAAACAUUCGACCGUCUGCGGGACGCCAUAGAUGAACGGGAGAGGGAGUUGUUCAAAAUGUCCGAAUCUGAAAUUGACCGAAAACGAGGGGAAAUAGAUGAACAAUUGCAAAUCGUUCAAAGCCGAGAGGAGUCGGUUACGGCAGAGAAAGAUAGACUAAAUAGUGCGCGGGAGGAUAAAAACAUCAGUGCCAUGUUCAGUACCCACCAGACGGCGCGCGAGACGCUGGAGAAAAAGGUUCAUAUCCCCGGUCCGUCGCCUUCAUCCAAAGACUUCGCUGUCAGCUUUCAGUUUAAUAGUCGACAGGAAAACGUCAUAAAGGCCAGUAUAGCUGGACUUGGAGAUGUAUCUUUCAAAAUGUCAUAAGUCAAUGACACUUUGGAUAUUAGAACUGCUGGCAUUUAUCUGUGGAUGUGCAUUUUCGAAGAAAAUUAAGUGUCUUUCAUAUUAGUGUUGACAAUUGUUUAUGCACUGUUGAGUGGAAUGGAUAACGUUUAAAUGAAUGUUCGUUUCGAUUUUGGUAGAUUCCUAGAAAUACAUGUACACAUGAGAUUAUCUAUCACUUCUGGAAAUGGAUUGAUUUUUAUGUUUUUCGAUGAUAUUGUACAUACUUAAGAAAUGGCGUUUUCGUGAAAUCAGAAAUCCGGUGGCAAUACACGUAUUGAACAAAUUUCUUAUCGACUUUCCAUGAAAGUCUUCCGAGAAAAAAAUCACAUUUCUGAAUAGCAUGUGUUUAUUGUAACGUUAUUUAUCUUUUGUUUACAAAAUUAUAACCUGAUAUAUUACACAUUAUAUGUAAAAUAUUAUUAUUGAAUAUAAAUGUACUUCACAUUCCUAUGCAAAGCAACUGAGAUGAGAAAGUAUUACCUACAUAAAAACAUACGACAAACCAAUGUUACAUUAAAUACACGACUCCUCCAUGAUGUCAAUUUCAUCGCAUACAUACAAGUAGUCGACGAAACUAUUCUGGAUAGUCGAACAUAAUGACAAGUUUACCUGCGUACUUUCUAGUGUCUCCUUAUUAACAUAAUUAUAUAUAUAUAUACAAAUACCUUAGAGCGGUUUACAUCUCAUAUAAGUAUAAAUUUCGUCUAAAAUUUAAGAUCAUGAAGAUCUUACCAUUAAAAUCUGGAUGUUAUUAUAUACACAUAGGUACACAUGUCUAUGUAGGGUUGUUUAGUUUCCUAUACCCGUACCACCUACAUACUACCUGUGUAGUGGGCACACCUGUCACUGACGUAUUGAUAACUUAAUGUACCUAACUAGUACCAAUAUGAUACAUACAUCCUACUUUUUAUUACACACGUGUAUCUGACGUUAAACUACAUGUGCCUAUAAGAAACUAAGCUUGUUUUCGAAUCUCUCCAAAAUAACAUGCAUGUUUAAACUAAACUAAAAAGUAUAUACCCAUUCGACACAAACAUACUGCCUGUUUAUUGGACAGACUAGUUCGUUGUUUUUGAACAUGUUUUCGAACUAUUUUACAGAAGAGUCAAUCAUAUACCACCUACAAAAUAGACGCACAUCAUCGUUAUAUUUAAAAAAAAUUGAAUCAAAUACUGUUUUUAUUUACAUUCAACUUUUAUACAACACGCUCAUUACUGUGAUAUUUCAAUAAAUCGUAUGCUUUUCACUAUCGACAUACCACCUACAUACUAGACCCACCUUAACGUGAUAU